UCACAGCCAGAGAUCGAGUACCCCGUUCCCGAGGUACAGGCGCCCAAGUCGGAGGUGUCGGAGAAGGCCUGGACCGUCUCGAACCCGAACACCAUGAAGCCCCACACGAGUCUUCAGGAGAAACUGGAGAAACCUCCCGUCGAGGAAGCAAAGGGCAAAGCCAAAGGGCACCCUCCGGUGGAGACCCCGCCGUCGGCAGAACACGACUUCCUGGGCUGCAUGUCCAAGCGUUCAGGGCUGCCUCGCUGGAUCCUGGCCGCUUGUCUCUUCCUCUCCAUCAUGGUGAUGCUGUGGCUCAGCUGCGCCAGCCUGGUGACCGCCCCGGAUCAGCACGUCAAGACCCAGCCCCUGAGCAUCAACGGAGACAAAGAGUACCUGGAUGACAUCGACGGUCCCACGCCUUACUCGCUGCGCCCCGUCAUCGCUGUAGCCAUCUGCCCGGCGGACGACAGCGAGGAAACGGGCCUGCUGCCGGUCAAAGUGGACCUGGACAAGACUGCUCUCUAAGGGGCUCCGUGGUCACUCCGAUUCCACCCCUCCCCUCCCCUCUCC